AUGGCUACCAAUGAGGAGCAACCAAGCGCAUCGGGAAUGCCCUUGGUGGAAACACCGUACAGCAUCUUUGACAAACGCCAAAAAGUGUUGAUCAUCUUUUUAGUGUCAACGGCGGCCACAUUCUCCGGAUUUGCGUCAAACAUCUACUUCCCGGCCCUCUCCACCAUCGCAGAUGACCUCAAUGUCUCCGUCGAGCUAAUCAAUCUCACGGUCACCACCUAUCUCAUUUUCCAAGGCCUCGCCCCGAGUCUCUGGGGUCCGAUUUCCGAUGUCAAAGGUCGAAAGUUCGCCUAUAUUGGCACCUUCCUGGUCUUUUUCGGAGCGUGUGUCGGCCUCGCCGAGAUCAAGACGUUUGCCGGCUUGAUCAUUCUCCGGUGUGUCCAGAGCAUGGGCAGCGCAAGCACGAUCGCCAUAGGCUCCGGCGUUAUUGGGGACAUCACGACGCGCGAGGAGCGUGGGGGCUUCAUGGGCGUUUUCCAGGCUGGGCUGCUGGCUCCUGUGGCCAUCGGGCCGGUCAUUGGGGGUGCUCUUGCGGGGUCGCUGGGCUGGAGGAGCAUCUUCUGGUUUCUGACCAUCUACUGCGGAAUAUUCCUGCUGUUUCUGGUUUUACUGCUGCCAGAGACGCUGAGAUCGGUUGUUGGAAACGGUGGGCGGACGCCGUCGAACUUGCUGCAGAAGUACCCGUUGGUGUAUUACCAGCGAACGACGAAGGUGAAGUGGGAUGUCGAGGAAACGACGCUCAGCACGGCACCUCGCAAGAAGGUCGACUUGACAGCACCCAUUCGGAUUCUCUUCAGUAAGUCGGCCGCGCCGAUAACAAUCUUCCUCGCCAUUUACUACGCCGUCUGGCAGAUGAGCAUCACCGCCAUGUCCACACUCUUCAAGACCAAGUACGGGCUCUCCGAUACGCACAUCGGACUGACCUUCAUCGCCAACGGAGCAGGGUCGAUAAUUGGUACGUUGGUGACGGGGAAGUUCCUGGAUAUGGACUACCAGAAGGUCAAGGCAAAAUACGGAGAGCAAGACUGCGACUCGGACUUUCCAAUCGAAAAGGCACGUCUCCGGCUGGUGCCCGUCUUUGCGCUCCUUCAGUGCGUGUCGAUUGCUGCAUUUGGCUGGACCAUCAACUUUCCAGAUAAGGUGCAUAUUGCGGUGCCCAUUGCAUCGACGUUUGUCACGGGAUGGACGGCCAUCGGCACGCAGUCGCUGGUCAUGACCUAUCUCGUGGACAUCUUCCCUGACCGAAGCGCGGCAGCGAGCGCCAGCCUCAACCUGGCGAGGUGCUUGUUUGCGGCAGGAGGCACGAGCUUCGUGAUGCCGAUGGUCAACUCGAUUGGCGUUGGAUGGGCCUUCACCGUUUGCGUGGCGGCGCAGGCCAUCGCUGUUCUUCUUGCUGGGGUGCAGUGGAAGUUUGCUGGAAGAUGGAGGCGUCAGGAGGCUGAAGGGCGGGCAUGA